CCCGCAGCCACCGACCAACACAACACAAGCGCCUCCUCUCAUAAACCUCGUCAGUCAGACCGCACCAACGAUUCCCAUUACUUCACAGGAGAGAAGCAGCAGCGGCUCAACUAUUAAGGAACUUUGCGUGCAAACCUAUGGCACACAAAUAGCAAGGGUAGACUACUACUCCCUGGCUGAUUUUUGUUGUUAACCCCAACGGUGUAUGGAAAGUGCUCCUGGAUGGACCUGGCCGAAAACAGCUGGUCCAUGGUCAAGCGAGAAGUCACCAGCAGCCCAGGGUCCCCGGCUGAGCAGCAGACCUCCUACCUGUCUGGUGGUGGAGGUGGAGACAGCAGCAGGAGGGACGGUCCCACCUCGGACGAGCUGAGGACACCUCCGAUCAUCGACCUCGACUCUCUGGGACACCACCACCACCGCCGCUCCGACAACAGCAGCAGAUCAACACUACACUCCUACGUUCACUUCGGUCACCAUAACAACACCCUUAGCAACGUGGAGGACAUCCCGCUGUUUACGGAUCUAGACCAGGGAGGAGGUAAACUGGUCCACUGUAAGGCGAGUCUGCUGGUGGACCCAUCCGACAUGUACCAGACGCUGGCUAUAGCUGCAGCGCAGAGCCAGACUGGAUAUGAUUCCUCCUCUGGUGGUUAUAACAUGCACUCCAACCCAAACUCCCCGGUGUACGUGCCCAGCUCCAGGGUGGGCCCCAUGAUCCCCAGCCUGUCCUACCUGCAGGCCAGCAGCUCUUCUCAGCCGAGCCACUCGGUGUGGUCGCAGGCGGCUCCGGAGAGCCCGUCGUACGGCACCGGGAGUCCGCACACCUCCAGUCGGUUCCACUAUCCUCCCAGUCCGCCCAUGAACACCGGGACGCCCACUACCAGCUACUCUAACACCCGGGACCAGUACGGCCUCUCUCGGCCUCUCAGCGCGACCUACUCGAGCCCCUACUCUCCUUAUGUUGCACCGCAGCUCACACAGCUGCCCUCGCCGUGGACGACAGGGGGACAUUUCGACAACACCAUGCUGCACACCUUGCAGAGCAGAGGGGCGCCCUUUGUUAGAGGGCCAAACGGAGUUACAGAUAUUCUGGACGACAUGGGUGAAGGCAGAGAGUGUGUGAACUGCGGCUCCAUCUCCACGCCGCUUUGGAGGCGCGACGGCACCGGACACUUUCUCUGCAACGCCUGCGGCCUCUACAGCAAGAUGAACGGACUCAGCCGGCCAUUAAUUAAACCACAGAAACGGACGUCAACCUCCAGAAGAAUCGGCCUGUCCUGCGCGAACUGUCAGACCAGCACGACCACUUUGUGGCGCAGGAACGCGGAGGGAGAGCCGGUGUGUAACGCUUGUGGUCUCUACACUAAACUGCAUGGGGUUCCUCGUCCUCUCGCCAUGAAGAAAGAGGGAAUCCAGACAAGAAAAAGAAAACCCAAGACCUUGAAUAAAGCAAAGGGAUCCUCUGGAAAUAACAACUCUGUCUCUAUGACUCCCACAUCUACAUCUUCAUCUAAUUCAGAAGACUGCUCGAAAACCAGCUCUCCCUCUGGACAGGUGUCAGGGGUCAGUUCGUCCGUGCUGUCCAGCUCAGGGGAGGGAACCGGCUCUGGCUCGGCGGUGAAGUACCCGGGACAGGACAGCCUGUACACCAGCGUGGGUCUGUCCCAGCCAUCAGAUGUAGCUGCAGUGAGGGGGGAACCCUGGUGCCCCAUGGCCUUAGCCUGAACAUCUAAAUCUUUGGGAGGACAGCAGUCCCUGGCCCCUCUUGUCUGGAUGUAGUGUGGAAGUAUUUGGGGGGCGAUGUUUGGUUCCUUCCUCGCAGCUGAUGCAAGAAGAGUCAGACAGGGUGAGAAGAAGGCGACCUUCAGUCACACUGCGAGCCUGAACCGAGCGUGGAAUAGCUGUUUCCAGAUUGGUGUAAGAGGGAUAUUGUUGCCUUAAAGAAAACACAAAGGGAAUCUCCAGGCCCAGAUGAUCAAUCAGAUGGCCUGCUGUGGAUGGUUUCUGGACCCGGCCAUGCACUCUCUCCCAUCCACCGUGGCACAGAACCAGAUCUAACAAAAAAAAACAAGCCAUCAUGUACAUAACGGAUUUCCUCAAGCUGUUGAUUGGAUACCACUGCUUCAUAAAGCUCUAUAUUCUUUAAGGACAUUUAGAUUUUUGUUUUUGUUUUCUUUCCACAAACUGGAAUCAUGCCACAAGUGCCGAGACGACUUUUAUGAAUCAAAAAGAAAAAAAAUAUUUAUAAAUCUUCCAUUGUUGAAAACAUGGCUAUGAUUGUUAAUAAAGAUAUCAAUAUAGAGUAGAAGUUAAACCAUUUCUGAUGUCUUCUUUUCUAAUUUUGUUUUCUUGUAGAAGAGUAUAGUGUUGAAUCUGCACAUGUUUUCCACUGAAAGCUCUUACUGUAUCUGACUGAAACUAGUUUGGUUUAAACAGGGUAUAAAUGUCAUCUAGUGGUUUUGUUUAAUUAUUUACUGAAAAAAUAAUGCAAAUAAUCAACUCUUUCAGACCAAUUUUUGAUACUGAAAUGUUGUCAGCUGUUGGGGGAGCGUUAAGGUACUAUUCUCAAAAACUCUUUGACAUGUAAAGCAGUUGGAUGGCUUGUUUGAACAAAGCACACCCAGAAUAGCUGUGAGGCCUACUGACCUUUAUGUUACAAGACAUAAACUGCAAAAGAAGACUGUUGGCUGCAUGCACUACCUGACUCACUGUAAACUGUGUACCUUUCACAAUGCAAGCAUGUACGAUUGCGUCAUUUUAUACCAAAAUUAGACCAAAAGCGGAGAGUGAGGUCACCUCUGAACAAAUUCAUGUUACUUUGAUGACUUUGACUGUGAGGAUUAAAGGGAGUGUAACGGCCCAGUAGUUUCACACAAUGAGGUGUUAAAGUGGACGAUAGUGGAAAAAGGGAAUAAAGGAAGCAAGGGUGUUAUAUUACAAUGUGAUAUUUCUCAUUGUGGUAUAUAUUUUGGAUUCACAGCUGCAUGGGUGGUAUGCAAAAAUCAAAAUUAAAGAGAUUAUGUUUGUUUUUCCACCCUGUUUGUCCUCCAGCAGAGUGUGGGUGGAGGCUCAAAAAGGCAUUCAGGCCACAACACAAUCAUGAAGGCAAUCUGAUGAGUUACAUGUGAAACUUGGCGUAAAGAGGGUUAUUUCUUAUCUUUUUUUCUUCCUCACAACAUCCAAAAAGGGCAAUGUCAUUCAUUCUCUGGAUUUAUUUAUUUUUAAAAAAAAAUAUCAUGUUUAUUUUAGCAUUCUUUUUUUUUUUGCUGUUUUUGUCGUUUUAUUUUUUUUAUAACAAAUUAUUUUAUUUAAAUUUCAGUCCAAUAAAUUGUUCUGGUGAUGCAAAUGAAUUUACAGUUAGUUUUUUGUGUUUUAAAGAAAAAAAUAAUCAGUAUUUUUGAAGCUGUGGAAAGAACUGUGUUCUUGCAUAAUAUUAAUAUUACUCAGGCAUACUUUUGUGUGAGGCAAUCAUAGCCAUGUUUUAACUCCCCGUUUCUCCCUGGAGGAACAAAAACUGGCUUUGUUUUCUCGGAUGUUUUCAUGAUUGGGAGGAAAAAUAAAGACCUGGGAAAAAAAAAAAUUAAAUUGCAAACCAAAAAAAAUUUGAUUUCCAGCUUUUUGCCUCCACAUUCUGCUUAUGUUUCAUUAAAGCAAACCUUUAUUGUU